AAAGAGUUUGAGGUUCGGGGGAAAAAACAGUGAGUCGACAUCACAGUUCUUGCUGGUUUUUCAGCUUCAGUAACACCGUCUUGCUGGAUCACAGACUCCUUCUGGUCUCUAAGGUUCAGGUAGGCGGUAGAAAUGGAGUCUGACAAUGAUGAAAUCAAGGAGCGACUCAUUGAGGAUUUUAGGCCAAGGCUAAAACAACACAUAUCAGUAGAGCCGGUUCUGGACUAUAUCCUUUUUAUCGAGAACGACCAAAAGGAGCUGAUCAGACAAAAGGCGAAGACAGAGGGAGAUCCAGCUGCAGCGAAUCUACUUAUUACAGCAGUUUUGAAGAAGCCACACAGUCCUGGUUGGUUUAAAGAGUUUGUAGACGCGUUGUCAAAUGCAGGAUGUCAGCUUGCAGCAGAUUACAUGCAAGACAACCUUCCAGAGCCUGAAGUAGAGGCAGAAAAUGAUACGUGCGUCAGGCUUAUUCGUAUACUAAUCCCAAGUCUUUUGGACAUGAAUACAAACCAGGUGUGUCCACAUUGUUCUGCUAAAGACCUCAUCACCCAGGAGGACUCUGAAAUAAUUACAGCAGAAACAACAAACAAAGGAAACAGAAGUGGAGCCCGUGAGCUCCUGAAAAGAAUUAUUAUGAGAGGUCGUCCAGGGUGGUUUUCCACUUUUUUGGACGUUCUCCGUGUAACUCAACACCGUGACCUGUAUCAGCUGAUGAGCGGGGCAAGCCAGAAAGAUGAAAAGCCGCUCUCAGUGAGAGAUGAACCUCCAGAAAAUGAAGCUGCCACACAGAGUCCAGCUGUGGUUGAAACCUGUGAUGGUCCAGAGGGUCUGGAUAAGGAUGCAACAGAGGAAAUACAGGAUGAAACAGAUUUGUACAAUGCACAAAGCACUGAGCCCAGACUGCCAAAUAGCUCGGAGCCCUCACAACCAGAUGGAACCGAGUCAAUGGCAGCAGAUGGAGGCCCAGAAAAGGCUGAUAUUGUUCUUCGAGACUAUCAGAGAGACGUUGCUAGACCUGCCUUGGAGGGAAAAAACAUCAUCAUUUGCCUCCCGACAGGAAGUGGUAAAACCAGAGUCGCAGUGUACAUUACCAAAAAACAUCUGGACGACAGGAGGGAAGGGGGGCAAUCAGGGAAAGUGGUUGUCCUGGUGAAUAAGGUGCCGCUUGUUGAGCAGCAUUUUUCCUCUGAGUUUUUGCCCUUUCUGAAGGAUAGAUAUAAAGUGGAGAGAGUUAGCGGAGACUCGCAGCUCAAAAUCUCUUUCACAGAAAUUGUGAAGAACAAUGACGUCAUCAUCUGUACAGCACAGAUUUUAGAGAACUAUUUGGAGAGAUCAGUUUCAGGAGAUGACGAAGGGGUUCAUUUAAGCGAUUUGACUCUGAUUGUAAUCGAUGAGUGCCACCACACUCAGAAAGGAGGAGUCUACAACCACAUAAUGAUGCGCUUCCUGAAGCAAAAGCAUAAGAAUAGCAGGCUGAAGAAGGAAGAGAAGGAACCUGUACCUCUGCCUCAGAUCCUGGGCCUGACUGCCUCACCGGGGGUUGGGGGAGCCACAAAAAUGGAGAAAGCUGAGGAGCAUAUACUGCGUAUCUGUGCAAACCUGGAUGCUUCUGGAAUCAUGACAUGGAACCUUGGAGAAUACAAGAAGCAAGAAGCAAAGAAAAUAAUCGUAAAUGUUGAAGACAGGAAAAUGGAUCCUUUUGGUGAUGUAAUCAAGAAAAUAAUGAAUGCCAUUCAUGAACAUGCUGAGCUCAACCCCACCUUUGAGCUCGGUUCUCAGAAUUAUGAACAAUGGGUUGUUCAAACUGAGCGGGACGCGACAAAAGAGGAAAAUCACAAAGUGCGGGUUUGUGCAGAGCAUCUUCGACGUUACAACGAGGGCCUGCAGCUCAGUAACACCAUUCGUAUGUGCGAUGCCUUCAAUUUCCUGAAUAAAUAUCAAGAGGAGGAGAUGAAGAGCAAAACAGCCCCGGACAGUGAUGUGGUUAUACAAAUCACACGUACUGAAAGGUUCCUCUUCAAUUUGUUUAAAGAUAACCAGCAAGAGCUGCUGGAACUCGCAAAACAGCCCCAGUAUGAAAAUGACAGCCUGUCUAAGCUAAGAGCCAAAAUUCUGCAAGAGUUCAGCAGCAGGGAGGAGGCCAGAGGGAUUAUUUUCACAAAGACACGUCGCAGCGCUAUUGCUCUAAGCCAGUGGAUUCAGGAAAACCCCAAGUUUGAUGACAUUGGAGUAAAAGCCUCAUAUGUCAUCGGAGGAGGAGACCAGAGUGUUGUUAAACCAAUGACCUCUGCAGAACAAAAGGAUGUGCUGAAAAAAUUUAGCAAUGGUAAGGUCAAUUUGCUGAUCGCUACCACAGUGGCAGAGGAAGGUUUGGACAUAUCGGCGUGCAAUUUUGUCAUCCGAUAUGGGCUCGUGACCAAUGAGAUUUCUAUGAUUCAGGCUCGAGGUCGUGCCAGAGCAGAGGAUAGCAGCUACACCCUGGUUGAAACCAAGAACUCGGGUGUGGCUGAAAAAGAAUGCGUCAAUGAAUACCGCAUAAACAUGAUGAACAAAGCCAUUGAGAAAAUCAGAGCCUUAAAUAAAGCAGACUAUGAUAAAAAGAUCAUGGAGUAUCAGAUUCAGGCGAUAAUGGAGGAGAAGAUAAGAAUGACAAAAAAAAAACAGAAAGGCAUCAAGAACGAGAACGCGACCGAGCUGAAGUUAAACUGUCGAGGCUGCAGUAAACUCGCCUGCACCGGUGAAAACAUCCAGAUUAUUGAGAACAUGCACAGAGUCAAUGUUUCAUCAGAGUUUAGUGAACUUUUUAUCCUGAGGGAAAACUCUACUCUUCAGGAGCGACGUCUAGAUUAUGAGACCAACGGCUACAUCACGUGCAAGGAUUGUGGACAAAGAUGGGGUUCGAUGAUGCUUUUCCGUGGGAUCGAGUGUCCUUGUCUCCAUGUGAAAAACUUCGCGGUGACACUGAAUGGAAAGAAGAUAAGCAAAUGUUCCAAGUGGAGCGAACUUCCUGUCAAGUUCCAGGCCUUUGACUAUGCCGAGCAUGCGAACCGGAUGGCUCCGAGCUCAGAUGACGACUCAGAUGCAGAAUGAUUUUUACAGCAAGAUGUAGAAUCACAUUAUCAAGAUGAUAAUUGGGUUGUCUUUGUGACUGUUUCUCCUGUUACAGUCUUGUUUUCUGUGGUUUGUUUGAGUAAUUGCACUCUUUCUUGGUGGUUUUGCACACGUUUGUAACAGUGAAGCAUCGUUUCCUGACUUAGAGGGCUGCAAACAACAAAUAUUUUAAUGAAUGAAUAGUCUGUCAGUUUUUGUCGUAAUGAAUCAUCAACUCUAAAAAAGAGUUUAAAACUAACGGGAAAAAAUCUGGAAAUCUACAGUGACCUUUUAGUGAGUGCAUUUUUCACCAACCAAUAAUCUGAAGAUAAGAUGCUUCACUGAUUCAUGUUAAACACAAAAGUGGUUGAAAACUGUCACAUUUUAGAAGGAAAUUC